GCGAGUGCAUGGUCCCACCCAAACGUUGAAGCUUCUUCGAUAUUUAUUCACAGCCCGAUCUUACACUCCUUCCUCUUCAUUCUGCCAAGCCGGUGAUCGACGGCUGCUUAUUUAUAGUCCCGUGAGUCCGGGCCUCUCUCGCCGUCUCCCAUCGUUGUCUUCUCUCUCCUGCUUCUCUCUACAAGCCAUGGAUCGGAAGCAGUUCUUAGCCUUCGCAUUGCUGUGCGUCAUUGUGGCCAGCGUCGGGGCUCAGUCUCCGGCGGCUGCCCCAACCAAAUCUCCGCCUGCAGCCGCGGCGACGACUCCCGCUUCUUCACCUGCCACCGCCACGGCGCCUUCGUCAAAGCCUAAAUCUCAAGCGCCUGUGUCUGCUCCCUCCUCUGCACCGCCGACGGCUGCUUCACUUCCUCCAGCUUCGGCUCCAACGGUAGCUCCAGCAACACCCGCCGCUCCAGUGUCAGCGCCGCCAGCGAAGACGCCGGCUAGCUCACCGCCAGUUCCGGUGCCGGCUAGCUCCCCGCCUUCGCCGCCGCUUGCUCAGUCUCCGGCUCCGGCGCCAGAAACUAAGCCAGCUGUUCCCCCUCCGGCUCCGGCUUCUGCUCCUCCGGCAUCUGUUCCGGCUCCCGCUCCGAGCAAGAAGAAGACUAAGAAGCACAAAGCCGCUUCGCCUGCUCCGGCUCCGACUCCCGACUUGCUCGGCCCUCCCGCUCCGCCGACCGAAGCUCCUGGACCAAGUAGCGAUUCGACGGUCUCGCCUAGUCCAGCCCUUGCCGAUGAGAAUGGAGCAGAGAGGUUGAAGUUGAUCGGAAGCUUGGUGCUGGGAUCGGCAAUCUUCUGUUGGCUCUUCUAGACUCUUCCGAUCUCUCUUCCUUUGCCUAUCUCGGUUUUCUUUUUUGUUUUUUGAAUAAUGUCGCGCUUAUUUGUAUCUUUGUAUAAUUGUUAAUUCAUUUGUUGGAUUGGGCUGGGAUUUACCACACUGGCUUUGUAAUAUACUGAGGCUGAGGGGAAACUUGAUUCUUAUUCUUAUUAUUAUUAUUAGUCCAAUCCUUUGCUUUCUUCCC